CUACCACUCUACAAAAUCAAGACCAUUUUGGCGAUUUAUAGUUACUCUAUAUAACCGAAGAAGAAAACAAAAUUGCGCGUUCAAGAUGUUGUAACCCUAGUAGCGAACCGUCUCAACUCUGUUUCCGUAAUUCAGUCUCAGAUCGAAGCUGAUUCAAAUUCAUUCGUUUCGAGAAUCUAUCAACAACGAAAUUACUAUCUUUUUUUGUUGAGAAACAGGUAUGAGUAAUUCUCCUUCUCCAAAGAUGAAGAAAAAACAAAAGAGAAGACGGAAGAAGAAGAAUAAAGUUGGGAAAGAAAAUAAUAACUUGAACAUUGAAAAUUCUACGACAAUAGAUUUAAAUCCUAUAUUACCAGAAGAAAAUCUCUCAGAAUUCAAAGAUAAGGUUGGAGCAGAAGAUGCAUUGGCAAAUGGUAUGAAACAAAAAAAAAGACGGAAGAAGAAGAAUAAAGUUCAGCAAGAAAAUAAUAACUUGAACUGUAAUCAGACUUGUGACAUUAAAAACUCUGAGACAACAGAUUUAAAUUCUAGACUACAAGAAGAAAAUCUCUCAGAAUUCAAAGAGAAGGUUGUAGCAGAAGAUGCAUUGGCAAAUGGUAUGAAUAACUCUUCUCCAAUGAUUAUAACAGAACAAAAGAGAAGACGGAAGAAGAAGAAUAAGAAUAAGGUUCAGCAAGAAAAUAAUAACUUGAACUGUAUGGAGACUAGUGAUUUUGAAAAGUCUACAAAUGAUAUCGCAGGUAUAAAUAACCUUUCUCCAGAGAGUACGACAGAACUGAAGAGUAAUGGAGAUCCGCAAGAAAAUAAUAAGUUGAACUGUAAGAAGACUUGUGACAUUGAAAAGUCUACGAUAGAUAUUAAUAAUAACUCUUCUCCAAAGAGUAAGAGAAAACGGAAGAGGAAUGGAGACCCGCAAGAAAGUAAUAAGUUAAACAGUAAGAAGACUUGUGACAUUAAAAUGUCUACUAUAGAUGGGCCAAAGGCUUUGCAAAUUCCUCCAACUGGAAUAUCUGUUGGAUGUUUGAAGAAGAAGCUUCUUGUUCUUGAUGUCAACGGGCUUCUUGCUGACAUAGUUCCUUCGCCCCGUCCAAAGGAUAUAAAAGCAGAUGCAAUCAUUGCAAAGAAAGCAUUAUUCAAGAGGCCUUUUUAUAAAGAGUUUCUUAACUUCUGCUUCGAGAAAUUUGAUGUGGCUGUGUGGUCUUCAAGACUUGGGGUAAAUGUCAAACUUGUCGUUGAUUAUUUGAUGGGAAAGAUGAAACAGAAGUUGAUUUUCUGUUGGGAUCUUUCACAUUGUACUCACACGGGUUUCAACACUCUUGAAGACAAGUACAAGCCGCUAGUUGUUAAGGAUCUGAGGAAAAUUUGGGAGAAGCAUGAUCCUAAUCUUCCUUGGAAGAAGGGAUACUACAAUGAAUCAAAUACGUUGCUCUUGGAUGACUCUCCCUACAAGGGGUUACUUAACCCUCCAUAUAACUCAAUCUUUCCGCAUUCAUUCACUUAUAAGAAUCAGGACGACAAAUCAUUAGCUGUUGGAGGUGAUCUACGUGAAUAUCUGGAAGGAUUAGCAAAUGCUGAAGAUAUGUUGAAGUAUGUUGAGCAGCACCCAUUUGGUCAAGAGCGUUUAACUGAAGAAAGUAAAUCUUGGAACUUUUACUCAAAGGUUAUUGAUAAGCUUUCUGCCGGUCAACCUAAGCGUUCUGGUGUUUUAUAACUGGAAUAUCAAUUUACACAAUCUGAUUAUUUAGAAGAAAUUGAGAUAUAGAAGACUCUGAUUAUCUCUAACUCUAACCAAUGAUAUAGAACUGUGUAAUUUUUCAUGGUUGCACAUAAGAGGCCCCCCUUUUAAAGUGCAUCACUAUUGUAUCACUAUUCUGAUUAUGUUUUCCUCCCCUUUUUGGAUUAAAUGUACAAGGGCUGGUGUAUUUUGAAAAAACAAUCUUGCUAGAUUUGUUGUGAUUUUGUACUUGUUCUUAUUUAUUAUUGCAAGAGAGCUACUUAUAUUCUCCUA